UUUGUUUAUUUCUUUCUCGCUUCGGGUGUGCAGAUAUAUGGAAGCAUCAUGAAGCUGAACGUGUCCUAUCCUGCGACAGGAUGUCAGAAGCUGUUCGAAGUCGUCGACGAACACAAAAUCCGUAUUUUCUAUGAAAAGCGGAUGGGACAGGAAGUCGAGGCUGACCCCUUGGGAGACGAAUGGAAGGGCUACGUUCUUAGAAUAUCGGGCGGGAACGACAAGCAAGGGUUCCCGAUGAAGCAGGGUGUUCUCACGAACAGCCGCGUUCGCCUUCUCCUCUCAAAGGGCCACUCCUGCUACAGACCCCGGCGUGACGGUGAAAGGAAACGCAAGUCAGUUAGAGGGUGCAUCGUCGACGGCAACUUGAGUGUGCUUGCCCUCGUUAUCGUGCGUAAAGGCGAACAGGAAAUCCCUGGAUUGACUGACACCACAGUCCCGCGGCGUUUGGGACCCAAAAGAGCAUCAAAUAUUAGAAAACUUUUCAAUUUGAGCAAAGAAGACGACGUCCGUCAGUAUGUGGUGAAGCGCCCCUUGCCCCAGAAAGAGGGCAAGAAGCAGCGCUUCAAGGCACCCAAAAUCCAGCGCUUGAUCACACCAGUUGUCUUGCAGCGCAAGCGUCAUAGGCUGGCUCUGAAGAAGAAGCGUUGCUUGAGGCGCAAGGAGCAGUCAGACAAUUACGCUAAAUUAUUAGCCCAGCGUAAGAAGGAAUCAAAGGCCAAGAAGGAAGAAAUGAAGAGGCGCAGAUCUGCCAGUCUUCGCGACAGCAAAUCUAGCAGUCACAGUGCGCAAAAAUAAAGUUUUAUAAAUGACUUUUCAGGAAUAAAAUUGGUUGACGCUAAA